UCAUCUGCCGACAGUCACUGGACACUCUCUCGCCAUAUGGAUGCUUACAUUAUCCCCACUUCCAUAAAUACAACAAUACAGUAUGGUUUAUAUGCGACUGGCUUGUACCCUAUGCUGACAUCGUUUAAUGGAACAGAAUACCCUACCACAUAAAUUAUAGUUCGAAUCUAAUUUGAAUGCGUUCGAUAACAAAUCAAUACCGAAGUACCCAUCGUAAAUGUGUGUCAUCUGUAAACCAAUUGAGAACCAAGUGGACUUUACAUUUGUGCAAGGGAGUGUCACAAUGACGCCAGAACUUGAAUCUGAAAGUAUUUACGCAAAGCAGGCCACUCGAUCCGGUCAUUGCAAACUGGAAGUUUGGAAGUUGUCAAGCGGUACGAGAAUCCGAAUCCGAGUCCGAAAGGAGAAUAAAUAUUGGGCAAGCAUGGAGCCAAAGCAGGAGACGUUGAAGAAACCCGACUCUGGUCAACUUAAACAUAUCAGGCAACAGAUACUAUUGGCCAAUGUCCAGGAGCUGAUCAAGAAGAUGACGCAUCGCUGCUUCAGAAUCUGCAUCGUGCGGCCGGGCCCCACGCUAACAACCUCUGAGCGGGACUGCAUCUCCAACUGCGCGGAUCUCUUCAUGAAAUCGGUCCAACGGGUGUCGCAGCAAUACUUCCGCCGCAGGCAAUGGCAGCAGCAACGCCGCCUAGCAAAUGGAACUGCCCCUGCCGCUUCUGGCACUGCUUCUGCUGCUGCUUCUGCCGACAACGUGGCCUACUCUAUCCCAUUAUCGGACAAUAAAAAAGUUUAAAUUUUAAAAGGCUUAUGUAUAUUUG